CGAGGAAGACCUGCAGGUUUCUGUCCUCUCCUGUCUGCCGGUGUGUGCGUGUGUCGUCCUCCAUGCGGAGUGUGUGAAGCCGCUCCGUCCGCAGUCUCCUGCUGUGAAGGACCCAGCGCUGUGGGAUGAGUUUUAUUAACUGGCGUCGAAGCUCGAAGAAGGAUGACAGCAAAGAAUUACGCAGAAACAGGGCUGAUUCUCAUUAAACGUGGUGAAGAGAUAGAUCACGGACAAAGAAUAAAAGGAUUUCACGUUCAUUAAAAUCUCUCAAGAGUUCAUGACGGAUGGUGCCAUGCAGGCACAAGACAUCCCCGUCAGCCCGGACUCCCCAAGCCGGUUGUCUGUCAUAAGCAGUUCAGACCUGGAUCCCAGCACCACUGAUUUUAAGUUACAGCUACCUGACAACAAAGAUGCUCAAGAGUCAGCGAACGCCUCAAAUGGGUGCUCACGGUCUGACCUGUCGCUGGCUCUGGAUGACUGUAUGGCUGCCUUCGAUCUGUUCCUCACAAAUCAGUUUGAGGAGGCGCAGGCCCUUCUCAAAUGCAGGACAAAAGACAGCAUGUACCACGCUUUGACGUACGCCACCAUUCUGGAAAUGCAGGCCAUGAUGACUUUUGAGCCGCAACAUAUUCACGCCGCAGGGAGCACCAUGAAGGAGGCGCAGGCUAUCUGUCAGCGGUACCGGAAGAAGUCGAGCUUCUCCAAAAGCUUCACAGAAGAGGAGCUCCAUGCUGAGGUUUGCUAUGCUGAGUGUCUCCUGCAGAGGGCAGCGCUCACCUUCCUUCAGGAUGAAAAUAUGAUCAGUUUCAUCAAAGGAGGAAUCAAAGUGAGGAAUAGCUACCAGACUUACAAAGAGCUUCACACUGUCCUCCAGUCCUCUGGAUACAUCCACGGUGAAAACCAUGGUCAUUUUGAAGGUGGUGUUAAACUGGGAGUUGGAGCCUUCAAUCUAAUGAUUUCCAUGUUGCCCACACGAACACUCAAGCUGCUGGAGUUUGUCGGUUUCUCUGGAAAUAAGGAGUUUGGUCUCCAGCAGCUUCAGGAGGGCUCUGCAGAAAGCACAUUCAGGUCCUUCCUGUGUAAUAUGCUGCUGCUCUGUUAUCACACAUUCAUGAGCUUCAUAUUGGGCACUGGAGAAGGGGACGUUGAGGAUGCAGAGAAACUUCUGCAGCCAUAUCUCAAAAAAUAUCCCAAGGGAUCCAUCUUUUUGUUCUUUGCUGGUCGAAUAGAAGAAAUCAAAGGCAACCUGGAUGCUGCUAUCAAGCGAUUUGAGGAGUGCUGCGAAGCUCAGCAGCAGUGGAAGCAGUUCCAUCACAUGUGCUACUGGGAGCUGAUGUGGUGCUUCACGUACCAGCGGCACUGGAAAAUGGCCUACUUCUACGCUGACCUCCUGAGCAAGGAGAACUCCUGGUCUAAGGCUACUUACGCGUACAUGAAAGCAGCUUACCUCAGCAUGCUGUCGGAGGAUGACUGUCUGACAUUUGGGGAGACUGCGUUCACUCUGUUCAGGCAGGUUCCUGGGCUGAAGCAGAAAAUAGCGGGGAAAUCUUUACCAACAGAGAAGUUUGCAAUCAGGAAAGCCCGCCGCUACUUUGCAGAUAAACCAGUUACUCUUCCGGCUCCUCCACUGGAGAUGAUGUACAUCUGGAAUGGCUAUACAGUUAUUGGCAAACACAAAGACCUGACUGAAGGAAUGCUGAAAACACUGGAUGAGGCACAGGCUAAACUUGACAGCAGCUCAAGGACAGAGUUUUCCAUAGAUGAUCAAUGUCUGCUCAGCCUCUUAAAGGGGCUGUGUCUUAAACAUUUGGGGCACCAAGAGGAGGCUGAACACUACUUCACCCUUGUUCUCUGCAAUGAGACUCAGAUCAAGUAUGACCACUACCUGGUUCCAAAUGCCCUGCUGGAGCAUGGUCUGCUGUGUCUGGAGCAAGGAAGAAGAGAUGAAGCUAUCAAACUUCUAGAAACAGCGAAAAACAACUACAAAAACUACUCCAUGGAAUCACGGACACACUUCCGUAUACAAGCUGCCCUGCACAAAGCCAAGGGGGUUGGAGAAAAUGGCAUCCACCUCCCCUCAAGCCCAUAACAGACAAAGGAAGGCACAUACAAGCA